AUGUGGAUUCCAGCCGUAGGUUUGCGGACAGGUGCUGAUUAUUUGACAAAGAAUAUUGGGAAAUUCUAUGGUAUAAAUAUAGACAACAUUCCCUACGUGAUUCAGGAUGCUCUUAAAGAAAAAUUAAAAUCAGUUCCCCAAAUUAUUAUUCCCGAAACACACUUCGAUAGUUAUUUUGAUGCUGAGCCACCGUUUCAACUUGGUGAAGCGUUAUUGACGGGAAGCUUGAGCGAAGGUCUUUUCCUCUAUUAUCCACAGUUACCAGAUAUGGACUUCAUGUGUGUUUUGAAGAAUAUCACGCUUUCGCAGGAAGAUCAAGCCACUGGCUGCUUGCUGUUAAGAGAAGAUACACCUUCUGUUUAUGCAUUUAUCACAAGCAAAGAAAUACAAAAUUUGUGGAGUGAAUUUCUUGAUGAUACAGAUAAUCAAGUGGGGAAGCAUCGAUUAUCUUCAAAAAAAUUAAAAGAAAAACUACAAGAAAACUAUCAAAAAAACGACAGCUUGCUUUUUCCUAUUGUUCGUAAUUGCAAAGAAGAACUCGAAGAAGUAACAGAAGGUGCGGCAGCAACCGUCAAUAAGUCAAAACCAGACAUAUCUUUCGGUCAUUGUAUGACCGAUUCAGCAAAGGCAGCUUUUUUAUUACCACUCAAUAAACAAGUUGACGUACGAAUGAAAUUCAAGCAGAUAAAGGAAAAUUUAGUGCAUUCUAUUUUUUAUAAAAUGAUUUCUUCCAGUGAUAUCGUGUUGUCUAUAUUUUGUGAGGGAUGGCCGCCCGUUGCACGAGAAUGGGUAACACGAGAACGAUUUUGGCCAGAUAUAUAUUCUGAUGAGAAAAUCACUCAAGGUGGAUUUCACAUUGUUCCAAAAAGUUCGCCUGAUGGCGAUUUUCGAUUGUCUUUUUCAUGCGCCGAAAUAAUGUUGAUUAAAACACUUUCACCACUGCAACACAAAGUAAUGAGAGCUUUCAAAGCAGUUGUGAAAUACCACGAAAAUAGCUGGGGUCCAAAUUUAAAGGAGAUUUUAUCGAGUUAUUAUUUGAAAACAAUCGCGUUUUGGCACUUUGAGAAAACCUUACAAGAAUCUUGGACUGAAGAAACUUUAGUUCAUCAUCUUGUCGCAUUACUUGAAGCGUGA